AUGCAAUUCCUGUCUCUUGCAAUACUAAUAAUUUGGUGUCUCAGUAGUGCCUCAGAGGGACGACGCUUUCGAACUCGUAACUUUGGUAUCGAUUCAUUCUCUACAGUUCAUCACCUCUACUGGAAUUCUUCAAAUCAUCUAUUCGAUCGGUACUCAAAUUCAAUUCGUUCGGAAUAUAAUGAACGUGAUGCUGACUAUGAAGCACCAACUUUAAACGUGCGUCUUUUGGAUGCACUCUUCAUCCACUGCCCACAAUACACAACCAAACAAUUUGAGGAUCUCUCCGAGCAGUCACUUAUUUAUAUGGUCAGUUGCCGGUCUUAUUUCUAA